ACUUUGCACUAUUUUUAAAAAAUCGAAAUUUAAUUGAAUUAGUUCCUGAAACAAUUUUCUUUAAAUAAAAAUAUCGUUUAGCCCUGGCUUGGUUUGUUUUUCUCUCUCAGCUGAUUGUCUCGUAAUUGUUAUCAAUUCAUAAUAGCCUCCGCUAGUCCGCUAACAUCGUACGAUAUUUCACCGUUCACGUCAUCGUUUAUCACAAAUAAACAUUUCUCGUGUGAGGUUAAAAUAUUAUUAGAUUGCGUAAAAAGCGCAACUGGCACAUACUUAUUUACCGUCGUUGUCUAGAGUUUGCCACUCGUGUUUCGCGUGUGUCUAUCAGUAUUAUAAUAAUAUGUCGGAAAUAAAAUGGUACUUUUUCUCAGUGUUAAUAUUUUGUUUGUUGGCUCGAAACUCCUUGGGAUUAUCGCCGGUUAUUUUAAUACCAGGUGAUGGUGGCAGCCAACUAGAAGCAAAAUUAAAUAAAACAAAUGCAGUCCAUUACAUCUGCGCAAAGACCUCCACCGACUAUUAUAACAUUUGGCUAAACCUUGAACUUCUGGUUCCAUUUGUCAUUGACUGUUGGGUAGACAACCUGAAGUUAGAGUAUGACAAUGUCACCCGCACUACGAAGAACCCUCCCGGAGUUGAUAUCCGGAUUCCAGGGUGGGGGAACCCAGAGCCCGUGGAGUGGCUGGACCCGUCGCAUGAUUCAGCUGGGACUUACUUCAAUACUAUUGGUGAUGCUCUAGUCAAGAUUGGUUACGUGAGGAAUGUGUCAUUGAGAGGCGCUCCAUAUGACUUCAGAAGAGCACCAAAUGAAAAUGGAGAGUUCUUUGUGAAGUUAAAAACCCUUGUGGAAGAAACAUACACAAUGAACAAUAAAUCAGCGGUCACCCUCUUGGUGCAUAGCAUGGGGGGCUCCAUGGGGCUCCACUUCCUGAGGCUGCAGACACAAUCGUGGAAGGACCAGUACAUCAGGCGGAUGAUCUCUCUAUCUACGCCCUGGGGAGGAGCUGUGAAGGCACUCAAGGUAUUUGCUAUAGGAGACGACCUGGGCUCUCUAAUGCUGAGUCAGAGCACGAUGCGCACGGAGCAGAUCACAUGCCCGUCCCUCGCGUGGCUGCUGCCGUCGCCCAACUUCUGGAAGCCGACCGAAGUGCUCGUGCAAACGGACAAGUUCAACUACACCAUCAAUGAUCUUGAGAAACUUUUCAAUGACCUGGACGUUCCCAACGCGUGGGAGAUGCGCAAGGACACGGAGAAGUACUCGCGCGACUUCUCCGCGCCCGGCGUGGAGCUGCACUGCCUCUACGGGUACAACAUCUCCACUGUGGAGAAGCUAGUGUACAAGCCAGGCACGUGGCUGGACGGGUCACCGACCCUCGUCUCCGGAGACGGCGACGGGACCGUCAACCUUCGCUCGCUCAGCGCCUGCGAGCGCUGGGGCAAGCGACGGUUCGGCUCCACCGUCAACAAGCGGCCCAUCAAGUCCGUGCCACUAGCCGCGGCCGAACACCUCAAGAUACUGCACGACCCGCGCGUCACCGACUACAUCACCGCUGUUAUGAAGAUUGAUUAGAGCAGUAAGUUAUACUGAAGUUAAUGAUCUCUAGAUUGUAGGUAUAGUAAGCGGCCUGUAAGUUGAUCAAUAAGCAGUAAACUGUAGCCAUGUGGCAUGUCGAUUCUCUUUCUUCCAACGCUAACUCUUAUAAAAUGUAUGGGGAUGACAUUCACUAUCGACAGUUUACGUGAUAAAGUUGUCAAUCGGAUGUGUCAUUCCCAUAAAUUUUGUCAGUUUUCGAAGCGUUAGCGUUUGUACACAUGGCUUGCCACAUGGCUAUAGGUCCUUAUUUUCGGGUGUUAGCGCCACAAUUCAAUCGCCAAAACGCCAAAUUUUUAAUCAUUUUUUAUUUAAUAUACUGGGCAACCAUGCAGCACGGGUUUUAACACUGGUUUAUAAUUGUAUCUGCGCAGAUGACCACCAUUUUGGUUAACUUACAUGCCAGAGUCAUAAUAAGGUAGAAUUUCCUUUGAAAGUUUUACCGUAUCUGAUUAUGGAUUGUGGCAUUUAGCAAUUUUUGAAUAACUUGGAAAAAAACACUUCCAUAAAAAUAUUUAUAUUCAAGUUUUCGCUAAAUGAGCUCUAAUUUCCAAUUCAAAUAAGUAUUGCAAUAGAUAAGAAAUAAUGGGAAAAUUUUAAGGUUAAUAAAUUUUAUAAAUCUCGGACUUUUUCCAGUUUAUUCAUCAAUGGAUAACAAUAAAGUUAAAAAUUAUAUUAUGUAGCAUAAUUUGCAUUAAAAGAUUUUAAAUUGUAUAAGGAUAGUGGGUUAUGGUUCUGAAAUGUUGUGGAUCUGGGUUACAAAAUAUCAGUAAUUUUAAUAGUCAAAUAUAAUGUAAAUAUUACCUACUCGAACUUUAUUGGUUAUAGUGGUUUUAUAUGUAAUGUAUUAUGUAUCCAGAUUAGUGUAGUUUUAAGGAAGGAAUGAAUUAUUUUGCAUAUUUAUUUUAUUUGACAAAAAAUCAAAUUAAUAUAAUAUUUAGCAGAACUGUCAUCCUAAAAUUCAAUGUAUUUAUAUCCUUGAGAAUAUAAAACAAUAUUAUGAAAUAAUAGUCAAUUUUUGUGCAAUAAACGCUACCUCUAAAAAAUAUUAAAAAGCUUAUUUAUUAAGUUUAUUUGUGCUAACGUGUUUUGACUCUUGAAUUUCAAUUAUUAAUACUAGCCAAUCUUGCCCACCUUCUCAUUGUAUAGAGAAAUAUAAUCAAAGGAGACCGACCAUUUUGACCCCAGUACGCAAUACAGAAAAAAAAAUGAAUGACGAAAAUUGAUUUAUUUUUAAAACAAAUCAAAAUCACCAAAUUGUUAAUAUUUUUUAAAUUGAGUUUUUAGUUAAAACCAUGCAUUUAUUAAUAUAGGUACUUACCAAAAAGUACCUACAAUGAAAAACCUGUCUAGGGCCGGUCGCAUACACUCGUUUUCCCCGUUUUCCGUAUUCGGAAAACUGAAUGCAUAAAAUCAAUAUAAAAUACAUUAAAUGACGCACAAGUACGUUUUUUCCGAACGGAACCAAUUCCGCUCGUACGUAAAGAAUGCGAGCCCUUUGCGACAAUAUACAUUCCGAAUGAGGAAUAACGUCUGCGGUAAUCUCACGGAAUUCCAAAUCGAAAUUACGCAUCAAGGUGUUGAUAGACUUGAGCAUUCGCACGAAUGUUUCAUCACAGAAAAAAAUACGAGAUCAUUUUAGCGAGCGUUCUAGCGAGCAGAUUUGCUUGAUAGAAUCGAGCGAGAGAGAAUUCUCAAGAUGUUCGUAGCAAUAUUUGGCUCUAUGCUUGGCUCGUCUUCAGUUCCACAAAUAUAAAAAUGCCCGAUGUUCUGUUACAAGUGAAUGCUCAAGUCUAUCAGUACUUUAAGGAAAACAAAUACGCAUUUUGACGACCUCCUUGGCGCAGUGGUAAGCGCGGUGGAUUUACAAGACGGAGAUCCUGGGUUCGAUCCCCGGCUGGGUCGAUUUUCUUAAUGGAUCCAGGUCUGGCUGGUGGGAGGUUUUGGCCGUGGCUAGUUACCACCCUACCGACAAAGACGUACCGCCAAGCGAUUUAGCGUUCUGGUUUGGUUUUAUACUCCUCCAAACAAGUUAGCCCGCUUCCGCUUGCUUCUUAGAUUGCAUCAUCACUUACCGUCAGUUGAGAUUGCAGUCAAGGGCUAACUUGUAAAGAAUAAAAAAAGUAAAAAAAUACGGAAAACGAGUGUUUGCUGCCGGUCUUAAAGUGAUAUUAUUAUUUAAUGUCUAAAUUUGUCUCUCAAUGUAUGAAAAUGGUUGGUAUCUUUUACCCCAACGUACCAAUGGCAGUCAGGUAUACGCCGGCCCUAAGACAAGCGUCCCAUAGUGAUGCAGCAUGACAUUUUAUUAUAUUGCAUUUCUCAAGUCACUCGAACUUUGAGCAAUCCAAGCUUUUAUGGCUGUGAUACAUGGACUUCUCAUUUGAAAUGCUCUCGAUUUAUUUUAUGUAUUUGUAAAAUAAGAAGUAAUAAUUUUAAGGUAUUCUCCCGGAUUUUGAAACGCAUAAUAUAUUUAUUUUUGUUUUACAACUUGUUUGUUUUUUUCGGCCCUUGCAGCCUUUUCACACUAGAGUUUUUGAUUGUAAACUUAUCGCGCCUAUGUACUUUGGCCUUACGAUACGAAUCCAUAAUGUUUUGACAUUUCGUACCCUGACGCCAUUAAGCUUAUAGCAGGAUUGUUUCGUAAAACGAUUUUGGACAUCAACAAUUUCGUUAUAGCUUGGCAAGUUUGUUGAUGAUACUCCCGUGAUAUGCGGGCGACGGGGGGAAAGGACUGCGCGGGUCAUCGCUACCCCAUCCCGGCACGCGCGGUCCAUUGGGAGUGUUACGAACGAAUUUGCCAAGCUAUAAAUCCAUUAUCCAAUAUCCAUCACUUACUGAACAUUACUCUUAAAUAAGAUGGGCAGAAGUCAUGAUGGUUUGAAAGGUUGUGGUAAGCACCCCUGCAGGCUUAUUCACUAGCUUGGAUAUAAUAUGCUAGUUGACAUAUACGAAAUUGAGAUUCUAUGUAAUAAAUGUCAUCCGGUGCUUACUGGUGGGUAUCAUGCAGUAGGUAGAUGACAUUUCUCAAUUGAUUUGAUGUUAAUUUUAAUAAGUUGAUAAUAAUAAAUACUAAAAUAGUGAAUAGGCCAGCUGGUUAGCUUAGCAAAAUUAUACAGUAAGUACGUUUUAUUAGACGUUUAGGAAACUCUAGUGUGAAGAUACUCUUCACGAUGCCGUCAAAUAAGUGGCGUUUCAGUAUUCAAUGUUUUAAAAAAUAAUUUUAGUUUAUUUAAUAAAUAAUAUAAAAAAUCAUAAUAUAUGGAUAUAAUCCAAAUAUUGUUGAAGCUCAGUUAAAUAAUAAUUUUUAUAUUUCAGUGAUAGAUAUAUGAUAUUAGUAUAAAUUUACCUUUGUGUGUUUUAAUCCACGAAUUUAUUUUGUUUAUGAAUUAAUUAUGACUUAAAAUAAUGUAGUCAUAAUAAUUUCGAGACAUCAAAUUGCUUACAUGUUUACUAAAGGUAAACACGUAUUUAAUUUAUUCGCCAUAACGCGUGAAAAAUAAUAAUAAAUGAAAUAAAUAAAGAAUUUAAAAACA